UGUAAUUAUUAAAAAUAAAAAUAAAAAACAUUGAGAACUAAGAAUAAGAAAUUAUCAUUAGAAGAUUCUAUAAUCUUCUUAGGGUUUAACUUAUUCUUAUAUUAACUAAUCUUAGUAAGAACGUGAUUAAAAUUUUGCUAUAUAAGAAGAUCACAAUGUUCUCUCUCUUAAGCUUGUUAUUAAAUCUCUUCCUUAAUUCUUGUAGUUCUGGUCGCACAAUGGAGAAUUCAGAUAUUUGUAAGUUUUGGAAACUAGAUAUGUUGGAAGAAUCAGCUCAAAUAGUUUACAAAGAAAAAAAGAGAAUCAUUGUCGACAUCCCGAGUCCCGAAACACGCGAUUCGAUACCAGACUGGCUUGUGAAAGUGAUGAGAAAAGAGAAUGGAUACGAUCCAAAGCUAAUCAUAAAGAGGAAGCAGCUGGUUCAAACUGAUCUCAACACAACCCAAUCGUGUCUCUCAAUGCAUCUCAGCCAGUUAAAAAAUACAGAUUUUUUGACAAAGGGAGAACAAUUUUUGAAGACUGAAAAGGAAGGUUUGAAAGUGGUUUUGGUGGAUCCUAAGUCGCGUAAGCAUGACGUUGAUUUAAGGAAGUGGAAAGGUAAUGGAUACGGGGUUUGGAAAUAUGUGUUCAAUAAUGGUUGGAACAAAGUGAUUGCCACAAAAAUCUUUGAAGUCAAUCACAUGAUUGAAAUCUGGUCCUUUCGAGAUGGAAGUGGAAAAAUUUGUUUUGCUCUCUCUUCUCCGACCAAAUCUGAUGAGUGCAGCUUUCGUCCUUCAUCAAGUCGUCACAACGUUGCUUGAGUCACAAGUAACAAAGGAAUUUGUUUUCAGACUUUUUUGGAGUUUUUUUUUUGUUUUUCUAUUGUUGAGUUAGAGGUUGGAUAUUUGUCCAAUAACCUUAUUUUCUGAAUUAAUUUAUUUUAAUUUGAUUGGUAAUAAUGCUGAUUUAUUAACAAAAAAACA